AUGCGUUUCUCCAGCAUCUUCAGCGUCCUGGCGACAGCGGCCAUGGCUUCGGCCGCACAGCUGCAACAGGUCACCAACUGGGGAGACAAUCCUACCAACAUCCAGAUGUUCAUCUAUGUGCCGGACCGCGUGGCCACCAACCCAGCCAUUAUAGUUGCUCUUCACCCCUGCGGUGGUAACGCCCGCCAGUGGUUCAGCGGCACACGCCUGCCGUCGUACGCCGACCAGAACGGCUUCAUCCUGAUCUACGCCGGCACCCCGAACCAGUCCAACUGCUGGGACGUGCAGAACCCGGCCUCGCUCACGCACGGACAGGGCGGCGACGCCAAGGGCAUCGUGGCCAUGGUCAACUAUACUCUCAACCGGUACAACGGCAACAAGGACAAGGUGUACGUCAUGGGCUCGUCCUCGGGCGGCAUGAUGACCAACGUGAUGGCGGGAUCGUACCCGGACGUGUUCGAGGCCGGGGCAGCGUACAGCGGCACUGCGCACGCCUGCUUCGCGGGUGCCGCGGGCGCGACCCCGUUCUCGGCCAACCAGACCUGCGCCCAGGGCCUGACGCACACGCCGCAGCAGUGGGGCGACUUUGUCCGCAACUCAUACCCAGGCUACACAGGCCGGCGGCCGCGCAUGCAGAUCUGGCACGGAAACGCCGACUAUUUGGUCAGGCCGGCGGCCGCGCAUGAGACCCUCAAGCAGUGGAGCAACGUGCUCGGUGUCACCAUCUCCCGCAACGUCACGGGCGUGCCCUCGGCUCAGUAUACCCAGGUCAUUUACGGAGACGGCAGCAAGCUGCAGGGGUUCUUUGGCAACGGCGUCGGGCACACGGCGCCGGUCAAUGAGGACCUGAUGCUUAGGUUCUUUGGGCUGAUUGCGUAA